AUGGAUAUUAUGAAUACACUUAGAUACAAUGAAAUUCAGAAUGUACCAUGCUCAUAUUUGGAUAAAGCAACAUUAAACUUAAUGGAACAAGAUACAAGCAUGGAGGAAAACAAGGUAGAUAAAUAUUCAUAUACUUUUAUAUCUCCACCCACGUCUCUAAAAGCAGCACAUUCCAGAGUGCAUCGGAAUCUCGCUCUCAGGAGUAGUUUGUGGUUCGUACAUAUGCUCUGUGGCAUGAUCCAUUUUUUAUUCAUCAUAAUUUCAUAUCCCUUGGCAGAACAUUCUGGUUCAUAUGGGAGAAAAUUCAUUAUGUAUUAA